AUGACAGUGAUGCCACCCACCGGCGAAUCUCGUGGACGCCGCCGAACCAUGUACUAUUUUCGUCGCCAUCGCACACCAACGUACUGGUCAAGGUUUCAGGCUCCUCCUCUGAGAGAGGAACCGGAAGACCUCAAUGGCGACAACGAACAGGCAGCGCAAAAAAAUCGCUCACAGGAAGAGGGUGCUGAGACCAAACAACUUAGCGCAUCUGAGUACGCGAGAUAUGCUGCAAUCAUCAAAGCCGAUGAAAUAAUGGAGCAACUCAGGGAAGCAGCUCGUCGUAUCGUAGAGGAUGCUAAACAGUUCGCUGCCGCCUAUCCUCCCAAAUAA